UUCUUGGGCGUUUUGCCACGACCACGUAUAUAAAGUUGUUUAAAUGAAAAUCUUUGCUGUUUUAAACAAUAAUACUGAAAUAAAAUAAUUCAAAACUAUUGUGCGAAAAAAUUGCUUUGCGCCAUAGACGCUUCCUACAACCGGCUUUUUUGUGGCGAGUUUUUAUUUUUCGGAUUUUGUGUGGGAGUUGCUUUCUAGCUUGAGAUCGAAAAAAUAGGCAAUUUUUGUGCUAUUGAAUUGUGCCGACAUGACCUUGGACGCAGCUACCGCGACUGCUAGCCGGUCGAGGAUAACGUUGACCUGGGAAAAGCAAGAACAUCUCAUAAAAUUAGCUAUAUUAAUUAUAGCAGCUGUGCUUUCAUUUGCCACGCGUUUAUUUUCGGUGCUGCGUUUUGAAAGUGUUAUCCAUGAAUUUGAUCCAUACUUCAAUUACCGUACCACGCGGUUCCUUGCUGAGCAAGGAUUCUACCAGUUCCAUAAUUGGUUUGAUGAUCGAGCAUGGUAUCCACUAGGCCGUAUUAUUGGCGGUACCAUCUAUCCUGGGUUGAUGGUGACUGCCGCAGCUCUUUAUAGACUCAUGUGGUUGCUGAAUAUUACCAUUGAGAUUAGGAAUGUGUGUGUAUUUUUGGCACCAUUCUUCUCCUCACUAACCACAUUGGUAACAUAUGCGCUGACAAAGGAGAUUCACAGUACCGGCGCCGGUUUGGUUGCAGCUGCUCUCAUUUCUAUUGUACCCGGCUACAUAUCGCGUUCGGUUGCAGGCUCCUAUGACAAUGAGGGCAUUGCUAUCUUCUGUAUGCUGCUCACAUACUAUUUGUGGAUUAAGGCAGUGAAAAGUGGCGCCAUUUUCUGGUCGACCAUGUCGGCACUGGCCUACUUUUACAUGGUUUCUUCGUGGGGUGGUUAUGUGUUCCUCAUCAAUUUAAUACCACUGCAUGUUUUGGCGUUAAUGAUCACCGGCCGCUUUUCGCAUCGCAUUUAUGUGGCGUAUAGCACAUUGUAUUGCAUUGGCACAAUACUCUCGAUGCAGAUUUCAUUUGUCGGUUUUCAACCAAUACAAAGCUCGGAACACAUGCUGGCGCUUGGCACCUUCGGUCUAUGUCAAAUACAUGCGUUUGUUGAUUAUCUACGCGCUCGUUUGUCCAAAGAAAAUUUCGAAAUUCUUUUCAAAGCCUUAGUGUCUGGCAUACUGACUACAGUACUCGUAAUAGGUACUGUGCUGACGAUUACUGGCAAAGUCUCGCCCUGGACGGGCCGUUUUUAUUCCUUGCUUGAUCCUUCAUACGCGAAGAAUCACAUUCCCAUCAUCGCAUCUGUGUCGGAACAUCAACCUACAUCAUGGUCGUCGUUCUACUUUGACUUGCAGAUCUUGGUAUUCCUAUUCCCAGCUGGCUUGUACUUCUGCUUCUCGAAAUUAACCGACUCGAAUAUUUUUAUCAUCCUUUAUGGUGUAACCAGUAUUUAUUUUGCGGGUGUCAUGGUACGUUUAAUGCUCGUGCUAGCGCCGGUUAUGUGUGUCUUAUCUGGCAUUGCCACAUCACAUCUGCUCUCCAAGUAUAUAAAAUGUAUAGAUGCCGGCCCGUCGAAACCCGUUGAAAGUAAACGUCAGUACAAGAAACUUGAACAGCAGAGUAGCGGUGUUAAGAGUGAAGUUGCUAUAGGUUUUGUGGGCAUUAUUACAUUCAUGCUUAUUGUUUAUACCUUCCAUUGUACUUGGGUGACAUCGGAAGCAUAUUCGUCGCCAAGCAUUGUACUUAGUGCGCGCUCACAUGACGGGGGACGCAUCAUAUUCGAUGAUUUUCGAGAGGCUUACUAUUGGCUGCAAAUGAAUACACCAGAGAAUGCGCGCAUCAUGUCUUGGUGGGAUUAUGGCUACCAGAUAACUGCUAUGGCUAAUCGCACUAUAUUGGUGGACAAUAACACUUGGAAUAAUACGCAUAUAUCACGUGUUGGACAAGCGAUGGCUUCAUCUGAGGAGAAAGCUUAUGAAAUCAUGCGUGAACUGGACGUUGAUUAUGUACUUGUAAUCUUCGGCGGUUUAACUGGAUAUUCUUCUGAUGAUAUUAAUAAAUUCUUAUGGAUGGUACGCAUUGGUGGUAGCACAGAUCGUGGCGCACACAUUAAGGAGCGCGAUUAUUACGCACCCAAUGGCGAGUUCCGUGUGGACAAAGAAGGUUCACCGACGCUACUAAAUUGUCUCAUGUACAAAAUGUGCUACUAUCGCUUUGGUCAAGUGUACACCGAGGGUGGUAAACCACCGGGUUAUGAUCGCGUACGUUCUGCUGAAAUUGGUAAUAAAGACUUUGAGCUGGAUGUUUUGGAAGAGGCCUACACAACCGAGCAUUGGUUGGUGCGUAUUUACAAAGUGAAGGAUUUACGAAAUCGCGGCGUAUAAAAGCAGUAUCUACUUAUGCUAGACGCUAACAAACAGCAGUAAACUACCAGUGCAGUACAUUUGAAAGUAUUGGGGAGACUAGAAAUAAAGAAUCUUGAGUUUUGCGAAUGUGUAACUGUUUCGAAAUUAAAGUUACUAAAAGCGGUGCUUUUUAUAAUUUGUAAAAAUAGUAUAUUCUUGUUCAUUUUUGGUUGCCUAUAAUGUAUUGCUUUCGUUAGACAAUUGAAAUUGUUAAGUUAAAAGUUGAAACGCUGAAAACGCAGCGUAGCAAACAUUUGCAUUUUCGAAUAAUUAAAAUAUCAUGUGAAUUAAACAUUACUAUGUAAUACUUAUUAUUGCCUUCUGUUGAAAUAUAAAUUGGAUUUCAUAAACGAUAUUAUAAAUUGAAAUAAGUACAAUGUCACGCGGCUCUCUCUGUAUAUUUAAGUUUAUUUCUUUUAUAACCUCAUGCAUUUAAAAACACGCAUAUAUAAACAAACAAAAAAAGCUCGUUAAAACAAAUUACGCUAAAAAGGGCUCAGAAACGGCAAUAUGUCAAAUGAUGGCUGAAAUAAAAAUUAAAUUUUUUAAGACAAAUUGAAAAAAUCA